UGUCAAUGUCAACGUCAAAAAAAAGCGGAUUUUUGUUAACGCUCUUUGUUAAAGAUUAUUUAUUCAGUGCCGCAUAAUUUUAAAUAUUUUCUGUUUUUUGUUUGUUUAAAUAAUAAUUGUAACCGAUUUAUCCAAAAUGUCUGAUUUGCCGCCGCCUCUGAAGGUCUCCCCAUUGAUUAAGUUUUUUAGAUAUUCCUUUCUCUCAGCCGGAAUAGUAUACGGCAUUUUAAAACAUCAAAUGUACAAAGCGUUAGAAAACAGCCGAGCCGAACAAAGAGCCCAAAACAGAUUAGCCAGAGACGCGCUACUCUUGGAAGAAAAGCGAUUGGCCGCUGAACGAGAUUUUGAGCAGAUCGCGCAGGUGUUUAAACCAGCACCAAAACUCGAGCCUGCCCAUCCUAAGGGAAUGGAUUCGGGCGAACCUCUGUUGACUUCUAAUCCCAUGUACAGCCCUGAAGAAUCUUCUGAGAGAUUAUAUAAGAUGGAUGACCCAACGGGUAGAUCCCAGGAACAAGACCUUAUGAAUGUUCCUCUGGAUUUGUCAAAGAAUACUGAUACACUUGGAGAUCUGACUACUACAGAUGACGACUAUAUUAUAACGGGACCCAGUGACUUCCCACUAUUUCCUGAAGAAGACACUUCUUCAAAAGAUUAAUAUAUUACUAGUGUAAACGUUAUGUUCUAUUUCAGUUACAAUAUAUUCUUAAUUUAAUAUAA